UUACACUGUUUAUAUAAGGCCAAAUUUUUAUUUUAUGUGUAUAUAUUUAAUAUUGAACCCCCUCAAAACAAACGAAAGGCGCAACUCAGUGGCGCAGGGGGUUCAGAGUUUCCCGUUACACGCGGGUUCGAACCCCAGCAGCCCCACUUGCAAUAUUUUCCUGAACAUUUUAUUUCAGCUGUUCAUUAGACAAAACGACGUAGUUUAGUAACGUUAUAUUUAAUUAAAAUAAAUGGACAAAACGACCUAGUUUUGUAGGGGACAAAUCUAAUUGGAUUAAUUGGAUUCAAAUCAACAAACCAAAUGUUUUCUUUCUCUUCUCUUCCGUCAAAGUCACCUCACCUAACACCUUUCUUUCUUUUUUUUUUUUUUUUGCUCAGUUUUUUUUGCUGAUUUGUUUGCCUCCGCCACUGCUCUCUGGUCUCCGUUCAUGGCUUCUUCGUCUCAACGUUCAGUGAAGAACUAUUUUACGAAAGUACCGAAAUCAAGUGUAGCUUCUUCUAGUCAACCUAACCAGGAAGCAAAUGCCAACCAUUCAGAAGUACCAUUACCUUCUUCUCAGGUAUUUGAUUUGAGUACUUUAAAUUAUGAUCCGGGUGAAAGAACCCCAAUCUUGGACUAUCAUCCAAAUCAUCGUGAUGUUAUUAGAAGAGCAUACCUUAUUAAUGGUCCUUGUCAACCUCGGUUGCUUCAGCAUGAGUAUCCUCAAACGAAUAUUUCUGGAUCAAUGCGCCGUUUUAAUUCUGAAUGGUUUGAUGAUGUAUAUCAUGAUUGGUUGGAGUAUAGUGUUAGUAAAGAUGCAGUCUAUUGUUUGUAUUGUUAUCUAUUUAAAGGCUACAACACCAAUAAAGGUGGGGUGAAAUAUUUUCAACUGUUGGGUUUAAGAUCUAUUCAUUUUGCACUUGAGAUGCAAUUUAGUCAAUUUAAGCAUGCGUAUUUGGUCCGCUUAAGUGCUUCCGUUGAUGUAGUAAGACUUCUUAUAACUCAAGGAUUGGCAUUUCGAGGUCAUGAUGAAUCUAAAUCAUCACUUAGUAGGGGUAAUUUUCAUCAAAUUCUCUCAUGGUAUGCGAAAAAGUGUGAUAAUAUUCGUGAUUAUGUACUGGAACAUGCUCCUCAAAAUGAUCAAAUGACUUCUCCAAUGAUUCAAAAAGAUAUUGUGAGUGCUUGUAAGAUAGAAACAAUUAAAGCUAUUCUUGAGGAAUUAAAUGGUGACUACUUUUCUUUACUAGUUGAUGAGUCUUUUGAUGUGUCACGCAAGGAGCAAAUGGCUAUUGUCUUACGAUAUAUUGAUAGAAAUGGAUCUGUGAUGGAGCGGCUUCUUGACAUUGUUCAUGUUCAAGAUACUAGUGCUUUAUCUCUAAAGAGGGCAAUUGUUAAUUUACUUGCUCAACAUUCCUUAAGUCUAUCAUAUGUGCGUGGACAAUGUUACGAUGGGGCAAGCAAUAUGCAAGGUGAGAUCAAUGGCCUUAAAAUGUUGAUUAGGCAAGAAAGUAGAUCAGCCCAUUCCAUUCAUUGUUUUGCUCAUCAACUUCAACUAACUCUUGUUGCGGUCUCGAAAAAAAGUAUUGAAGUGGGAAAACUUGUAGUGUUGGUUUCAAAUAUUUUGAAUGUAUUGGGAUCUUCUUUUAAGCGUAUGGAUGAAUUUCGAGAUUCUCAAAAAGAAAGAAUUCAAGAGGCACUAGAUUUGGGUGAGCUUACAACCGGUAGUGGCUUGAAUCAAGAACUUGGUCUUUCAAGAGCUUGUGAUACGCGUUGGGGAUCUCAUUUUAAAUCUUUCAACAAUUUUAUUCUUAUGUUUGGCUCUAUUCUUAAUGUUCUUGAAUCACUUGUUCUUGAUGCACGAUUAUUGGAUGAAAGAGCCAAGGCAAUGGGAUAUCUUGAAGCUUGUCGAACAUAUGAGGUUGCGUUCAUGUUGCAUUUGAUGAGUGAUGUUUUAGCAAUCACAAAUGAGCUUAAUAAAUGCUAA